AUGCAUGAUGCCGAUCCUACAAAGAUCCAAGCGAUGAUAUUGGAGAAAGAUGCUCUAGUACGCGAAACAGAGCUGCAAGAGCGACAGCUAAAUACAAAGAACAAGAAGAUUGAAGAGCUGAAUGAGAGAUUGGAGUACCUUGAAGACAUUGUGCAGAAGUAUGCAAUUCAGCUUGAGAAAAUGAGAAUGUCUGAAGGGAUACCUCGCACAAACUGGACAAAGAGCCUGAUCGAAGAAAACAUUCAAAUGAGAGAAAGGCUUGACUGGUUAUUUGAGGAGAAAGAACAGAUUCAACAUGAAUGUUUGAAGCUUGAAAAUCGUCUUGAAGAACAGGAGCAGAAGUUGCAACUCCUUCAAGAUCACAUUCAUCGUUUUGAGAGGAAGCAAAAAGAAAUACCCUUGCAAAAAGCAGUCCAGUCAGAUUCAAGAUCAGAGCAACAAUGUGGCAACUUAAAUGAAGAGGAUGAGACCUUAUCAGGAAGUGAAGUGUUGGAAAUGCAGAGCGGAGAAGGAUUGAACAAAGAACAGUUCAAUGAUGAAAAGUCUGGCUCUCAGUCUGCUUCCCUGGACCUCGGAAGCGAAGGGGGUGAAAUGAUUAAUGGUAGAAGCUCCCCUUUCAUUGAGCAACAUGAAGGAGUCGCAAAUGAGCAAAAAUGGAAAGACGAUGCAGCUUCUGGUGGGAUAUGCCUUCGGACAAUUAAAGAUCUAAAAGAAGACUCAGAUCAUGUUGGACAGCUGCAGAUGAUGCAAAUUUGUAUUGGCAAAAUAGCUAACUAUUUGCAGAUUGAUAUAGAUGUCAACAUUCUGCAGAAUAAUCACCACGGUUCUGAAGGCAGGGCCUGUACUUUAGAUGAAAUCGAAGGCAAAGUCUUUGCGAUUAUAAAAGAAAAUGAGCAUCUGAAGAAAGAAACAAGAGAAUUAAAAAGCCUGGUCGAAUUUUUGGAAUUUGAGCAAACGUUCACAAAGGAAGAUUUGCAAGAUUCCGAAGAAAGGAAUGUGGAUCUACAGAAGAAACUUGAAGAUGUAGUAAAAACUGAACAGGUUUUGCAAGGACAGUUGACAACCUGGAGUAAUCUUUGUGGUAAGCUUUAUGCAACUAUCAGAAAAGGAGAGCAGAAACCAGCAGAAAAAUGUUCCAUGCUAAUAGAACGUGCUGUAGCAGCCAAGCGGGCACGAAGAAAUGUAUUGCGACAGAAAUGUAAAAACAUUGGUGUUCAACUCAAAGCGUGUAAAGCAAAGGCCAACGGAUCAAAGAGGUGCAUAGACGCAUUUGCAGGUAGAAAUCUGGAACUGGAGUUGAAAGUUGAUUUGCUUCAGUCUAUGAACAAAGCAAUAACAGAUCAAAAAAAUGAAUUAGAACUAGCAUAUAAGAACGAAAUUCAAGCCAAUAUACGCAUACAAGAUGAACUCGAGGAUAUGCGGGAGCUAGCCGACAAGGCCAAAAUUUUCAGAUCAGCUUUGAAUGAGCAAAGAAAAGAAGUAGAUUUCAUCAAUUUGGAAACUUUUAUGCUUUUCAAGAACUUAAAGGAGGAAAAAGAGCAGCAUGCUGAUAGUCAAAAGAAGUUACAGGUUGCAUUGGUAGGAAAAGAGGUCGUUCAGAAGGGAUUUGAAAAAGAAAUGAAGAGGUAUGAAGAUUGUAAAAGAAAACUGUUCGAAAUUGAGACAGACAAGGCGAGUGUUCAGGAGACGCUAGAGAAGGUCAUUGAGGCGAUGUUAGAAGAAGUCAAAGUUGAAAGAGAGAAAAAAGAAGAUGCUUUAAAGGAUUUGGAAGGGGAAAUGAAGAUUCGACCUGUGUACGAAAGAAAAUUGGACGAAUAUUUUACAGAGAAGAAAAUUUUGGAGAGAAACCUUGAAAGUGAGAUAAAGAGAAACCAGGAGGCAGAAAACAUCAUAUCUACGUUGCACCAGAUUAUUGAAAAGAAACAGAAGAAGCGAAGUCGGUUUAGAAAACUCUUUGGACGUGGCUCAGAUUAA